GCAACAACAGCCAACUACCAUCUCAACUCGUCACUAGCCAUCUAACCAAAACCCCUACCCGAUUUUAAACUGCCGAGUUAGAGUACAGCUAUGAGAAAUGACACUGUGAUCACUUCUCCACCUUGAACCACCAAAACCGCGUCCGCGACGCGUAACAUUGCAACAAACAUGGCGCACCAAUCUAGGUCGGACGAGAACUCGCCUCUCCUUGGCGAUAAUAGUAGGACGUUUGUCACUCCAGACCAAGGAGCCUCACAGGAAGAGCCCGAAACAAUGAACAUGCGGUUGAUCUUCAAGAUCGCAGCGGCAAUGUACUCGUUCGCCACACUCGGGCUGUUCAACUCAUCCAUUGGUGCUGUUCUCCCUUUGCUGUCGCAACACUACAACCUUAGCGACAUCCAAGUAUCUUCUAUAUUUCUGGCUGGGCCCAUUGGAUACGUACUUGCCGCGCAGUUCAGUGAUGCCGUACACUACCGGUUUGGUCAGCGGGGUAUCGCUUUUGUGGGUCCCAUCCUGCAAGUCCUUGCUACUGCGACUGUAGCAGUGCAUCCAGGAUUCGGACUGAUACUGGUAGCCUUUGCGUUUCAAGGACUAGGGACUGGGCUGCUAGAUGGGAGCUGGUGCGCAUGGGCGGGGAGCAUGAAGAAGGCGAAUACGAUUUCCGGGCUGUUGCAUGGGAGUUAUUCUGUUGGUGGGGCACUUGGCCCUUUGCUCUUGACUAUGUUGACUGCGAAGCAUCAGCAUUGGUGGACUUGGUAUUCAAUUCUAGCUGAGGCAUGCGCAUUAUCAUUCAUAGUCCAGGUCGCUGCUUUCCGACACGAGAGCGCAUCUGUCUACCGCCAGAGCAAGCAGUCAAAGAUGUCUGAUUCCAAGGUUGACCUUAGGGAAAUCUUCAAGCACCCAGCUACCUGGCUCUGCGCAGCCUUUUUUCUCACCUAUGUUGGCGUGGAAACUUCCAUCUCUGGGUGGGUGGUUUCAUUUAUGCUCCGCGAGCGACAUGCGAGUGACUAUAUAGCUGGUCUCUCUUCCUCGGGCUACUGGAUCGGUAUGGCUAUUGGACGGUUAGUCCUGGGUUUCGCCACGGAUAGGAUGGGCGUACGGCGUGCGACCGUCCUUUACUUCCUCUUUGCUAUCAUUUUCGAAGCUCUGUUCGCAGCUUUCUCAUCUCUGGAGGCCUCCGUAAUUUUCAUGACGGCAACUGGCUUCGUCCACGGUCCGUUGUUUCCCUCUGGAGUUGUAGUGUUGACGCGACUGUUGCCGGCAGAACUACAUGUCGCAGCUGUCUCAUUUGUUGCAUCUCUGGGUCAAAUUGGAGGCGCGUUUUUGCCCUUUGCCAUUGGUGCUGUGGUGCAAGGUCUGGGUAUUGGAGUUUUUCGAUUCGCAAUUCUCGUUGAGACAUUGCUGGCAUUGUUGGUAUGGCUUGCCUUUGCGAGACUUCGUCCGGCGCUCCUUCCCAUAUCUGCGGCACAUACCCAGGACUGAAUGUAGACUAUUCUGCAUCAAGUGGCAUGAUAUCAGCUGUGGUUACGCACCUCCAAAAGUCAGUGGUCCAAUUUAACCAGCUCAUUAAAUAUAAGUGAUUGCAUAUUUCGGAGUAUCAUCCUCAGCUAAAUUUCGCAAGAGUCCAGACGGAAGGGACAUUGUAAUUUAAACUUCAAAGUGAUGUACGUAAGACAGAGG